AUGGCCCCUAUCGUUGUCUUCAUCACUGGUGCCAAUCGUGGCUUGGGCCAAGGGCUGGUCAAGGGUUUCAUCGCUAAACCAGACCAUAUUGUUAUAGCUGCCGUCCGUGACCCAGCGCACUCGACCGCUCAGGCACUUACCGAGCUGCCCGCAGGCGAGGGCAGCCGUAUUAUAGUAGUCAAGUAUGAAGCGAGCGUUGAGCAGUCUGCCUUUGAUGCAGUCAAAGAAGCCAGCGACCAGGGCAUCAGCCAUCUCGACAUUGUCGUCGCUAAUGCCGGCAUUGCCAAAUUAUAUCCACUCGUGAAGGACGUCAAGCGGGCUGAUAUAGCCGAGCAUAUUAACGUCAACGUGUUAAGCGUCGUGUCGUUGUAUCAAGCGACACGCGAUAUGCUGCAGGAGUCGACCAGAAAGCCCAUCUAUGCCAUCAUGGGAUCCGGGUCCGGUGGUCUUGCACGUCAACCUCCAGUCCCAAGUGCGGCAUAUGGCGCAUCCAAGUCGAUUCUCAACUGGUACGGCGUUCGGAUCAACGCCGAGGAAGAGUGGCUCAAUGCCUUUGGGGGUAUGGAGGAGGCGCCCGAUACCCAUGAGAAGUCUAUUACCGGCAUGGUUGAGGUUCUGAGCACGGGCACCAAGGAGGAUUAUGGCGGCAAGUUCGUGCGGUACUCGGGUGAGGUUCUGGAAUGGUGA